UUCCACCUGCAGAUGUCAGCCCGAGUGCCUCCGUCAACUCUGGGCAGCCUGCUGCUGGCGGUCCUGCAGGGCGGAGAGGAAGACAGAGACAGAGGACGUCGGGGGGAAGGGAGCUGGGGAGGAGCAGCUGUGAUCUGUCCUGGUUGGGAGGAAGGGGGCGAUGGGCUGCUCUCUCACCUCCAGAGGCACAGCGGUUCCACCUGGCAUUUGUGGGACAUCAUCAACCUGACCCGCAUCACAGGAGGUGGGGAUAGGAGAGGGGAGGCCAGCGAGGAGAGGAGGGAGGAUCAGAUGGAGGAAGAGGCUUUGAAGAUUCUCUCUGCUCGUUUCCUGCGCUCCCCCUCUCCUAUCUCCUCGGUUCUCCUCCUGGGCUCUGACCCCGAGUGUCUCUCCUCUGUCCUGCGGGCCGCUCAGCGCCUCGCUCCAUCACUACCAGCACUACAGUGGAUCAUGGGAUACCCCUUGUCUCCAGAUUCGCUGCACACUCUAGGAGGCCCCCUCGGACUGCUAGCCUAUGGGGAGGUUGGCCGCAAGCCAAUCAGUUUCUACAUCCGGGACGCUUUGCAGUUGAUUGGCAGAGCAGUCACUGCGGCAACCAUGGUGAGACCGGACUUGGCACUGAUCCAGAACAUGGUGAACUGUUACGACAUAGCAAACCGCCAUGAAGCGCCCUCUUCAGGACAAUAUCUAACCAGAUUUCUCGCCAACACUUCCUUCACCGGAGCCACAGGCCUGAUCCAGGUGGACCCCGGCCUCUCUCGGAUCCUCUCCUCACAGCUGUUCCAUGUAUGGAGUCUGAAGAGGGGCGCUCUGGGCCAGCCAGCCUGGGUUACUGUUGGCCAGUGGACCAGAGGCCGACUGGAGUUAGAGGGAGGGAUCCUUGGGUUAGUGGGAGGGUUCGGGGGCAGCCAAGGACAAGGUCUUGGGGCAGGGGUGAGGGGAGGGGAUGGCCAGGGGGACGGCCACAUUGGAGGACGCUGGAGGCCGGGACUGUCCAUUGAGAGACACCGUCUGCGUGUGGUAACACUGGUGGAACACCCAUUUGUUUUCACACGGGAGGUGGAUGAGGAUGGAUUGUGUCCUGCUGGUCAGCUCUGUCUGGACCCCAGAACCAACCGGUCUGACAUAAUCCACAGCCUCUUCAACCAGCUGCACAACCCAAACGCUUCAGCCACAGACUGGGAGGGCAACGAACUACCGGAGGACCUGAGGAAAUGCUGCUACGGCUACUGCAUUGACUUGUUAGAGAAACUGGCAGAAGACAUGGGCUUCACCUUUGACCUCUAUAUCGUGGGUGACGGGAAGUAUGGGGCGUUGAGCGGGACAGGACGAUGGACGGGGCUUGUCGGGGACCUGCUGGGCGGAACGGCUGACAUGGCUGUGUCCUCUUUUUCCAUCAAUUCAGCGAGGAGCAGAGUCAUCGAUUUCACUUCGCCCUUCUACUCCACCAGCCUGGGCAUCCUGGUUCGAAGCCGGGACACUGCAGCUCCCAUUGGAGCCUUCAUGUGGCCUCUCCACUGGUCCAUGUGGGUGGGCAUCUUUGUCACGCUGCAUCUCACCGCACUAUUCCUCACCUUGUACGAGUGGAACAGCCCCUUCGGCAUGACACCCCAUGGAAGGAACAGGCUGCGGGUGUUCUCCUACUCCUCCGCCCUCAAUCUCUGCUAUGCCAUACUGUUUGGACGCACUGUCGCUACCAAGACUCCUAAAUGCUGGACAGGCCGCUUCCUGAUGAACCUCUGGGCCAUCUUCUGCUUGCUGGUGCUGUCCAGUUACACCGCCAACCUCGCCGCCGUCAUGGUCGGGGAGAAGACCUUCGAGCAGGUCUCAGGAAUCCAUGACGACAAGCUGCACCAUCCCUCCAUGGGCUUUCGUUUCGGCACGGUGAGGGAGAGCAGUGCUGAGGAUUACAUGAAGAAGAGUUUCCCGGAGAUGCACGACUACAUGAGACGCUUCAACCAGCCCACCACGCCGGAAGGUGUACACAUGUUAAAGACAGAUCCUCCGACCCUGGAUGCGUUCAUUAUGGACAAAGCCCUGUUGGACUUUGAGGUCUCGAUCGACGCUGACUGCAAACUGCUCACCGUGGGGAAACCGUUCGCCAUCGAAGGCUAUGGUAUCGGCCUGCCCCAGGGCUCACCUCUGACUCGUAAUGUGUCCGAGUUUGUGAGUCGCUACAAGUCUGACGGAUUCAUGGACAUGCUGCACGACAAAUGGUAUAAGGUUGUGCCCUGCGGGAAGAGAGUCUUUGCCGUCACCGAGACUCUUCAGAUGGGGAUCCAGCAUUUUUCAGGCCUGUUUGUGCUGCUGUGUAUGGGGGUGGGUGGAGCCCUGCUGACGUUGGCAGGCGAGCACACCUUCUAUCACCUGGUCAUCCCUCGCCUCCGCCGCACACACACACUGCAGUACUGGCUGCACACCAGCCAGAAAAUUCACCGAGCCCUCCACACCACGUACGAGGAUGUAGGGAAGGAGCUGACCGGCCUCGACGAAAACCCGUCCUCUUGCAUCUCAGAGAACUGCACCCUUCACCGGAAACACCAUCAGCCUCCUCCCCCAUCUCCCCCCACAUCCCUCCCUGCUUCCACGACAGCCGGAGACACCAGCAACUCCUCGCCAUCCCACGAGCCAAAGGAGAAACGUGUGCACUUUGACCUUGAGACCCUGCACAGCUACCGCCUGCGCACGCACACAGCCUCGGUGCGUGGCAGGCCUGGGAUGGUCGGCCGUCCCGGGCUCGGCCUAGGAGGGUUGGGGCUGGGCCACCUCGGGGGUUUUGGCGCCCCACCACAGAUUAGCCUCCAAGUCAACGGGGGCCCUGUCUCAGCACUGGCAUCCACAGGCCUGGUUCUCUCACCCCUGGGGGGCAGGGCCGGUCAGACCAGCCUGUGGGAGGGGGAGCUCCAGGAGCUGCAGGGGAAGAUCGAGAUAUUCCGCACCCAGCUGAGAGAGGCUCUGGCCAGGAGAGCAGAAAUCCAGACCAGCCUGGAGCGAGAGAGGAGCGGACUGGUGCGCAGGGACACCAGUCUGGAGAGGGAGAAGGACAGACAGAGGAUACAAACUAUUAACACAGACAGAAGUAGCAGCACUCAGUCAAAACUCCCUGAGAGAGACAGGACCAGCCAACUGCAAACCCUGAAUAAUCAAACAGGAAGGGCCAACCAAUCAGCUGGGCCUGGGACUCUGGAGCACGGGAGGAGCAGCCAAUUAAACACAGUUAACAGUUUGGAAAGAGGGAGACCCAACCAAUUACGCUCCGUUAACACGUUGACGGGAGAAAGGACUGUCCAGUCGCGCACCUCCACCAGUUUGGAGCGAAGUCGAGUCAACCAACCAGGUGCAGGAAACGUAAGUGUCCAAUCACGGAACACUUCCAGCCUGGACAGGCAGAAGGCUAACCUAUCACGCACUAUGAACACUUUGGAGAGGACAAAAGCCAACCAAUCAAGUGUGAGCAGUGGAACUUGAUUGUCCCUGUAGGAGAUUACAAAAGGGACAAGUGCAGUUGCAUAACCGCGGGAAGAUGGCGUCGUCAGAUCGAGUCUGAGGGGAUGCUUGCUGAAAACUUUCAAUAUGUUAACCGACGCCACUGGGGGAUGCUUGCUGAAAAAUUACGAUAUAUGUUAACUGACACCAUUACUUACUGUAACCUAAUAAUUUUCCACAAGAAUUAUUUCCAUACUCACUUCAAACGAUGACUAAAAAACUUUAACUGAAACUUAAGAGCUGAUAAA